UAAGGGGAACUAUGGGAUAUGACGUUUUUGAAUCUGUACACUGACAUGCUAGCUGGCGAAACAUGCUGGACUUGGUUUGGACAGAGAAAGCUUUAUUUUUAGUGAAAUAUGAGUUUCUGCGACGUUAGGCUGUCGCCAUUGUGAACUUUGAGACAUGUCGUUCUUCUGCAGAGAAAUCACUUUGAUGUCCGAUUUUUUUAUCAUGGUAUUCAUGUUUAAAUAGAUGAUGUGUCAGAGGCAUGCUAACUAGCUGAAGCUACUUGGACCUUCUACAGUUAAUUUAUAUAACCUAGUACAAUGUUGCCUGAAUUAUUGCAAGGCAUUGAUGCUGGAGGGUUUCUCAUAAUUCAAGAUUCUGCUAGUUAUUCUGGUCGACACCUCCUGAAGAGCUUCAUCAAUGCUGCAUUGAACAGGGAGGAAGCUGUCCAUGUCCUUGGUUUUGAAGUCAGUGAGGAAGAGCUGAAAGAUGGAUUGAGAGGAUCACCUGUUCAGAGGUAAUUUAAGAUUUGCUCCUACUUUCACAAUGCUUAUACAGACCCCCUGGGCUGGACUGAUCAUCCAGCUUUCACAGUUCACCAAUUCUGUUUGGGGGAACUUACACGUCUGGUCAAGCAAACAUCACACUCCAAACCAGCUACCUUAGUAAUUGACUCUCUUUCAUGGAUCUUGAGACAUGUCAGCCCUCCUGCUGUCUGCAGGACUCUUCAGCAACUUCGAAAAGGGGGAACCGUGAGGGCUAUUAUCUGUCUGCUCCAUGCAGAUAUGCAUCAGAGGGGUACUGUGGGAAGUGUUUGCCACUUGGGAACUUCAGUCAUCACUGUAGCCCCUGGAAUGAAGGGAGACGAAGCUGUAGCAAAGAUAACAAAGCGCUCCAAAUCGGGGAAAGUUAUGCAAGAUGAGGAGAUUUUCAGCAUCAAAGAUGAUCUUACAGUUGUAGUACAGAGCAAGUCCAGCCAACCUGGAGCCAAACAGGCUGACUCUGAGGAACAGGAGACUGACCCAACAGCCAACUUGACCUUCAACCUUCGAUUGUCUGGUGCAGAGCGUGAGGCCAAAGAGAAACUUGCACUUCCCUUUGUCUUUAGCAAAGCAAAGAAAACAGCUCUGCUCCACUCAGGCCCAGGUUCAGGACGAAUUCUAUAUGAGCCUGAUGCCAACGAUGACUAUGACCAGGAGGACCCUGAUGAUGAUCUUGAUGUGUAGGGAUCACAAAACCCACUGGAGGCACUCCUUGUCCUCCUUGCUAUUCAAGACACUGAGUCAUUUACAGUAGUAAAGAUUCAAAGACUUACCGCCACCUCAUGGAGUUAAAGAUAUAAAAUGAUGUAUAAUAUUUCUGUAAGCAAUCUGUAUCAUGUUUAUAAAAUGGUUUUUAUCCAAGAGUGUUUUCUAAUAGUAUUGAUCACGUUGAUUUUUUUCAAAAUAUGUUUUCUUGUUGAAUUAAACUGCUCUUAUCACAUA